AUGCGGAAAUUAGUAACAUUCAAUUUAACUGAUUGCAAUGAUACGGAGUUCCCAAGUGAUGCUAUUCAAAACUUGAGGCAGGCUGUAAUUGUUCCAAUUGCUUACAAGCCGAAGAUCCAACAAGCUUUGCAAAGAGUCGAUUUUCAAUAUCAUAGAAGUUGUAGUUACUCGAAUCUCUUACGGGAGUGUAAUGUUGGCGAAGGGGAGACCCUGUUGAUGUUCUGGGGCUACGAACGCUCUGACAGCAGGGUUACUAUGAGCAUGUCCGCCUCUAGCUGCUCCUCGUUGCACACACCGACAAAUACACCUAGCAGCCAGAGAGAUAAGGAACUGCGUUCAACCGCCCAACAGACUGAUAUAAGCUGUCGGUACUCCCCCGGCAUCUCUUCACCAGCGAAUCCGAAUGACACGGAGGAACAGCGUCUGUUGCGUGCACGCAUCGCAGACUCGCUGACGUUCUCUUCUCCCGCGUCAUCUCUGGUGCAACCAGCGGGCCGCUCCAUGUCCAUCCUCAGCUCCGUCUGCGCGUUGCUGCUCAAUAAACAGGGCUCGCAAGCCGCGAAGGAGGUGUCGAGCUUCACGGGCAGCCUCCGCUCGGAUAACAUCUGCCGCAUCUGCUUCGGCGGCGAGUCUGCCGAGCGCCUGGUGCGGCCAUGCUCCUGCCGGGGCACCAUCGCUGCCGUGCACCGCUCCUGUCUGGAGCGCUGGCUGCUGCAGGCUGCCACGUCCUACUGCGAGCUGUGCAGGCAUCACUACAUUGUCACCAGGAGUCACAAAUGGUCAUGGAUGCGGUCGAUGGCGGAGUGGGCGAUGUCGGGACGCGGGCGUGCGCUGGCGGCGGACGUGUGGCGCGCGCUUGCGCUGGGCACGGCCAGCGUGCUCGGCACGGCGCGCGCACUGCACGCCUGCGACGCCGUGCUGCAGGCGGGCGCGCGCAGGGGAGGGGGCGCCGCACUGGCUGCCAAUCUCUUCUCCUCAUUGCUCAUUGGAGUUAUUGGCGCGCUCAACGGCCUGCUGACGACGUGGAUGCUGCUGAAGAUCCAGGAGCACCAGCUGUCGUGGCAGGCGUGGCGUGACAGCACGCUGCACGUGCACGUCACGCUGGCGGACGAGGAGAGCACGCUCACCCCGCACCCCUCCGACGCUACGGUGGUGGGCGACGAAGAUGGUAAUGCCACCGCUGACAGGAGCACUAAUGUCGCUGAUCCUUUUAUGGUUGCACUCCCGUACAAUCUGCCAGACCCAUGA